AUGUUGGCUAGUGACGUUCUUGUUGGCGGUGGCCGGGGUUCGCAUGACUCAUCGUAUCGUAUCCGUAAAGGCUGUUCGUGCGGCGCCGCGACGCCUGGAGACGCCCGACGACGCCUGGAAUAUUAUUCCCGAUUCCCGCCGCCACCGCCGCCGUCGUCUCGACUGGACACCUACCGAGACGAUGACGAUAGCCUGUCGAUCCGUCUGGCAAUGUCGAAAUGUUAA